UUAAUGUUAACUCUGUCCAAAUUUCGUUUGAUGUUUUAUGGAUUGAUAAUUGUUUGUGGUUUUGAGUGACUGAUGAGCUUAGGCUAUGGCUAGCUUUUCUGAUCUCUUAAAGAUUUUAGUUAAUGUAUCAAGAUAUUACUGUUACAAAUGAUGAAAACAGCUAUAGUUUCAUCACUUGAUUAGAGGCUGAGAAACCCUUGGAUCUUUUUUGCUAUGGCAUUCUUGAUCUCUGGCUUCACAACUGUUUUAUAUUGAUGUUCAUCAUAUUGCAUGUAAAUGUUGUUCAUUGCUGCAAAUUCAUUCCAGAUAAUAUUAUCUUUUGCAUUGUUCUUUACGGUAAUAUGUUUGAAUGUUAUUCAUUGUUGAUAAAGUCAUUUAGUUCGGGAAUCAAGGGUUCAUUAGUCCGUCGGAUCUUUUUUACUUUCAGAAAUAUAAUAUUUAAAAUUUAUAUACUCCAAAAGGAUACGGGUAACGGAUAAUUUCUCGCGAGUCUACGGAUAUUUUAUCUCUCUCUCUCCCAUCGUUCAAUUGCUCCUUCAACCUUUGGCUGUUUUCUCCUUUUUCCUUUCUCUCCCAUUCUGCACUAGAGUCCUUUUCCUCAGUUCGAUAAGCUGUUCUUGCUUUAUCCCAUCCCCCACCCCCAUUCCCCAUAAUUCAUCUGUUAUUGCUGUAUUCUUGAUUACAAACCGACAACUUUAUCAUGAACGCAUCUCUCUUAUUUGAUUCCGACUCGAAGUCCCUACUCCGUCGCUGUCUCCACGAUCCCUCCUAUAAGAAUACCAUCUUUAGUCCCACCACCCCAUCAAAAUCUCACCUUUCGCAUUCUCCUCCUCGGAUUUCGCACCAUGGGCAUCGUUUCCGAGGCUCUGAUCGCCGCCCUCCUCCUCCUCGGGGUAGCUGCCACCGCCUACGCGGCGCCGGACAUGUCGAUCAUUAGCUACGACGAGAAGCACGGCGUGCGGGGCUUGGAGCGGAGCGACGAGGAGGUGCGGCGGAUGUACGACGCGUGGAUGGCGGCGCACGGGCGGGCGUACAACGCCCUGGGCGAGAGGGAGCGGCGGUUCGAGGUGUUCAAGGACAACCUACGCUUCGUCGACGCUCACAACGCCGCAGCCGGCGCCGGCGUGCAUGGGUUCCGCCUGGGUCUUAACCGCUUCGCCGAUCUCACCAACGAGGAGUACCGGGCUGUUUACGUGGGCACCAGAGCAAACCGCGCCACCGCCCGACGGGUGAGGGUGGCGAGCGACCGGUACCGGUACAACGCGAGCGAGGAGUUGUCGGAGUUCGUCGAUUGGAGGGAGCAAGGCGCCGUCGCCGCCGUCAAGGACCAGGGGAGUUGCGGGAGUUGCUGGGCCUUCUCGACGAUCGCUGCAGUAGAAGGAAUAAACAAGAUCAUGACGGGCAAUCUGAUAACGCUAUCGGAGCAGGAGCUAGUGGACUGCGACAAUGCCUACAACCAGGGAUGCAAUGGUGGACUGAUGGACUAUGCCUUUGAGUUCAUAAUCGAUAAUGGUGGCAUUGACACUGAUAGUGACUACCCCUACAAGGCCCGUGAUGGGACGUGCGACCAGCUCCGAAAAAAUACUAAAGUUGUUGUGAUCGAUGGGUAUGAAGAUGUUCCUGAGAACGAUGAGCGAGCGCUGCGGAAUGCUGUUGCCAACCAGCCUGUCAGUGUUGCUAUCGAGGCUGGUGGUAGGGAAUUUCAGCUCUACCAAUCGGGAAUAUUCACGGGAAGAUGUGGGACUGAGCUGGAUCAUGGUGUGGUUGUUGUUGGCUAUGGCACCGAGGAUGGUAAGGAUUAUUGGAUUGUCAGGAACUCAUGGGCCAGUGACUGGGGAGAGGCUGGCUAUAUCAGGAUGGAGCGUAAUGUCAAGACAUCCACUGGAAAGUGUGGUAUUGCUAUGGAACCAUCUUAUCCCACAAAAAAGGGUCAGAACCCACCCAAUCCUGGACCCUCUCCUUUCCCACCAGUGAAUCCACCAAUUGUCUGUGACAACUACUACUCCUGUCCAUCGAGCACCACUUGCUGUUGUGUCUAUGAGUAUGGACACUACUGCUUCGCCUGGGCAUGCUGUCCUCUUGAGGGCGCAACCUGCUGUGAAGAUCACUACAGCUGCUGCCCCCAUGACCACCCUGUUUGCAAUGUCCAGGCUGGAACUUGCCAAAUGAGCAAAGACAACCCCCUCGGAGUGAAGGCUCUUGCUCGGAUACCUGCAAAGCCGCAUUGGGCAUACUUGGAUGGCAAGAGCAAGAAGAUCAAUGUAUGAAGACUCAUGCAUUGAUUUGUUUCGUGAAGUGAAAAUUAAGAGUACUCCAGCAGCUUGACCUGGCACACUUCUCCCCUGCUUAUGAACCGAAAGUUAGCUUAUUGUUUAUUUGACGACAACCGUGUAAAUAUUUCAGAUUCGGAAUGUAAGGUGGACCGAAAGAUGGUUUACUUAUUAAUCAUGCCAUUUGCUUUUCCAAAAAUUGGAUCCCAUUCACUUGUCAUGUACUUCAAAAUUUAUCAUGUUACAAUAAGAUUGGGCAUUAGCUUACC